AUGUGUGGCCGAGCCCAGCAGCUGCUCCUUCGCACCGCAGAACACCAGCGCGUCCCCAGAGACUCCAAAAUGACUCCUCGAUGGAAAGAAAGCUCUGAGCGGAGGUUCAUACGCAAGACGGAUAAAUGCCGGCUGCAGACCAAGCACGCUGUCGUGUUUUCUCUUAUGGGCCAUUCCGGGUUCCGGCACGCCAAAAAGGGGCCUUCGACAUCUCAGGAGAACCAGCAUGCCUUGGCAUGCAGUGGUCCAGCAGCCCCGCCCUCACCCAGCCAGUUGCUGUUCUCAGGCCACCUGCCCAAAGCCCAGCCCUUCCUGACUUCGCUGGUACCACUGCCCUUCUGGCAGCCCCACAGCCUUGGGCCCCCGGCUCUGCCCACCCCGCCUCAGCUGCCCCUGUCCUUCCUCCUUCCAGCCUCUGACGGCAGUCGCUCUGCCUUCCGCGUGGAAGUUCCCCACCUCCGUCUUCCCUGGGCUGCUUACCGCUCGUCUCUAAGGCCCCGCAAUCAUGCACCUCGGUAUUUANCCAUUGCACCGGACAUCAGAUUAGAGUACUUGGAGGGAGUCGCUUCCAUCCUCCUCAAGUUCAAGCCAGACAAGUGGGGCAAAAUGGUCGGAGCGGAGGAGAACCUGGCCUUAUUCAUGGAAUUCUUUGAGAAGCCGAACGUCCUGGUUCUGGUGCUGACGCUCAACCCCUCCGGCAUGAUCAUACCCUGCCUGGGCUUCCCGGCGUCCCUCAAGUCCAAAGGGGUUUACUUCAUCAAGAAGACACCUGAGAACAUCAGCAAGAGCAACUACAAGGACAGCCUGAUCUAUGGGGACGUCAGCUCCACACUUGUGGACCAGCUGAUAGCCAUCGUGGAGGAGGUCCUCUACUCUCUGUUAAACCAAAGUGAAAACCUGAGCGGAUGGCCCCGUGUGGUCUCGGAAGACAUUGUCAAACAAGCCCACAACCUGAAGAACGAGAUGUUUGUGAUGGGGGGCAAGGUCAAAGGGAAGACUCUGCUGCCCAUCCCCGAGCACCUGGGCAGUCUGGACGGCACGCUGGAGUCCAUGGAGAGGCUCCCCUCUUCCCUGGACAGCUCAGUGCUGCAUGCCAUCGAAACCAUCGUCAUCGACUGGUCCCACCAGAUCAGGGACGUGCUGAGCAAAGACUCUGCCCAGGACCUGCUGGACGGGCUGCACCCUCUGCCCCGAGUCGAGUUGGAGUUCUGGAACACGCGGCUGAUGAAUCUCAAGUGCAUCCAUGACCAGCUAAAUAGGCCCAAGGUGAACAAAAUGGUUGAGAUCCUGGAAAAAGCCAAAAGCUGCUACUGGCCAGCCCUGCAAAACGUGUACAUGAAUGUCACUAAAGGGCUGCAGGAAGCCAGCGACAUUGUGCUGUACCUGACGCCCCUGCGGGUCUCACUGGAGGAGAUGGAGCAGGCCGACCUCACAGCGCUGCCGGCCUCCAUUGCCAAGGUGCUGUACUCCAUCUGCUUCGUCUGGGCCUCCUCCGAGCACUACAACGUGCCCUCCAGGAUUGUCGUCAUCCUGCAGGAGCUCUGCAACCAGCUCAUCGACAUGACACGGACUUACCUGAGCCCAGAAGAGGUGCUGAAAGGCUUGCAAGGCGAAAUCGAGGAGGUCCUGAACGGCAUCUCGCUGUCUGUGAAUGUCCUGAAGGAGCUAUACCGGGCCUACGACUUCUGCUGUGCAAACAUGAAGCUCUUCUUCAAGGAAGGCAAAGAGCCGGUGCCUUGGCAAUUCCCUCCUGCUUUUGCGUUUUCCAGAGUGAACGCCUUCCUCCGCCGCGUCCAGACCAUCGAGGACCUUUAUAAAACCGCGAUCGAGUUUCUGAAGCUGGAGAAGAUUGAGCUGGGGGGAGUGAGAGGGAACCUCCUGGCCAGCCUGGUCACUCAGAUCUACGAGGAGUUCUUCGAGCUGGUGAGGGUGUUUGCCGACUGCAAAUACGACCCCUUGGACCCGGAAGAUUCAAGUUUUGAUCACGAUUACGCUGAUUUUGAGACUAAAAUUCAAGAUCUGGAUAGGAGGCUGGCCACGAUCUUCUGCCGAGGGUUCGACGACUACAGUUCAAUCGAGUCCUGCGCAAAGCUCCUGUACAUGUGUGGGGGCCUCUUGGAGAGGCCUCUGAUCCUCACCGAGGUGGUGCCCCGGUACUCGGUCAUGCUGGAGAUGUUUGACGCCGAGCUGGACAACGCCAAGAUCUUGUACGAUGCCCAGAUUGCAGCCUCCGCCGAUGGGAAUAUCCCUCCAACCCACAAAAACAUGCCCCCGGUGGCCGGGCAGCUCAAGUGGAGCCUGGAGCUACAGGAGCGGCUGGAGGUGCCCAUGAGGGACCUGAGGCGCAUACAGCACCCGGUCAUGUCCAGCGUGGAGGCCAAGCUGAUCUACCAGAAAUACGAUGAGAUGAUGGAGCUGCUGAGAGAUUUCCGCAAGAGGAUCUACCAGGAGUGGGUGGCCGGAGUGGACCAGGACUGCCGCUUCAACCUGGGGAAGCCCCUCGUACAGAGGGACCCCAUCACAAACCUCAUCCAGGUCAACUUCAGCAAAGCGUUGGUGGCAGUUCUGAGAGAGGUCAAGUACUUGAACUUCCAACAACAAGAAGAUAUUCCAAGCAGCGCCGAGAACCUGUUCUCACAAUACGAGACCUUCCGGAAGUUCGUGGGCAACCUGGAGCUCAUCGUUGGCUGGUACAAUGAGAUAAAGACCACCAUGAUGGAUGAAGAGUUUCCACUAAUCCAGUCAGAACUGGAAGCUAUCGACGUCAAAUUAUUGGCUGCUGAAACGACAUUGUUCUGGAAUGGCAACGGUGUGUUUGAAUAUAUUCAGGAGAUGCGAGAAAUUCUCUAUAACCUGCAGAACAGGAUACAGAAAGCCAAGCAAAACAUAGAGGGCAUCUCCCAGGCCAUGAAGGACUGGUCGGCCAACCCGAUGUUUGAAAGAAAGGACAACAAGAAAGAAGCCCUGUUAGACUUGGAUGGAAGGCUCAGCACCCUCAACAGACGCUACAUGGCGGUCAAGGACGCCGGCGCGAGGAUCCACGCCAUGGUCGCGGAAAAUGCAGAGCUGUUCAGAGCGGAUAAAACGGGCCAGCCCUGGAAAGAUUAUGUCAACUACAUUGACAACAUGGUCUUAGAAGAAUUUGAGAAUUUCAUUCGGAAUUCUCUAAAUUACCUCAUAAACAACAUGGUUAUGGAUGAGAACAUCGCACCACUGUUUGAGGUCCACAUGGAGCUGGACGAGGACGGGCUGGUCUUCAGUCCAUCCCUGGAGAUAGGCACAGACUACGGCUUCCUGACGCUCAUCGAGAGCCUGGUCAAUGACAUCUACAACGUGGCCAAGUUUAUCCCCCGACUGGCCAAGGGCAGACUGAACUACAAGCCAGACCUGGAAGACAUGACGGGCCUCAUAGACAUGCGGGAGGAGCUGUCCAACCUGGUCAUCAACGCCAUAAAGGAGGCCGAGGAAUACCAGGGCUCCUUCGAGAGGUACUCCUACCUCUGGACGGACAACCUCCAGGAGUGCAUGAAGAACUUCCUCAUCUACGGCCAUGCGGUCACCCGGGAGGACUUGGACCUCCGGGCAGAAGAGCUGGUCCCCAAGGCGCCACCCACCCUCACGCAGUUCCAGCAGCAGAUCGACUCCUACGAGAAGCUGUCCGAGGAAGUGUCCAAGUGCGAGAACACCAAGGUGUUCAGCGGCUGGCUGCAGUGUGACUGCCGCCCCUUCAAGCAGGGCCUGCUCAACACCAUCAAGCACUGGAGCUUCAUGUUCAAGCGUCACCUGAGCAACCACGUCCUCAGCAGCCUCAGUGACCUGGAAGCCUUCAUGAAAGUUGCCAGGAUGGGCUUAAAGAAGCCCCUCAAGGAGGGUGAUUAUGACGGUCUUGUGGAGAUGAUGGGGCAUCUGAUGAAGGUCAAGGAGAGGCAGGCGGCGACCGACACCAUGUUUGAGCCCCUGAAGCAAACCAUCCAGCUGCUCAAGACCUAUGGGGAGGAGAUGCCCGAGGAGACGAGUGUGAAGCUUCAGGAGCUGCCGGAGCAGUGGACACACAUCAAGAAGCUGGCCAUCCAGGUGAAACAGAACGUGGCGCCCCUCCAGGCCAACGAGGUCAACAUCCUGAGGCGGAAGUGCCAGCAGUUUGAGCUCAAGCAGCACGAGUUCAGGGAGAAGUUCAGGCAAGAAGCCCCGUUCGCCUUCAGUGACCCCGACCCCUACAAGUCCCUGAAUAAGCAACAAAAGAGCAUCGUGGCCAUGGAGAGCGUCAUGGAGGCACUGUGUAAAUCCGGGAGCCUGUUUGAAGUCCCAGUCCCAGACUACAAGCAGCUCAAAGCUUGUCGCAAAGAGGUGUCCCUGCUGAAGGAGCUCUGGGACAUGAUCGUCAUGGUGAGCACCAGCAUCGACGACUGGAAGACCACUAAGUGGAAAAAUAUCAACGUGGAGCAGAUGGACAUCGACUGUAAGAAGUUUGCCAAAGACGUGAGGUCUUUGGACAAGGAGAUGAAGACCUGGGAUGCCUUUGUGGGGCUGGACAACAUGGUGAAGAAUAUGAUCACCUCCUUGCGGGCCGUGAGCGAGCUACAGAAUCCCGCCAUCCGGAACCGCCACUGGCAGGAGCUCAUGCAGGCCACCCAGGUGAAGUUCCAGAUGUCAGAGGACACUAUCCUGGCGGAUUUGCUCCAGCUGAACCUACACAAAUACGAGGACGAGGUCCGGAACAUCGUGGACAAGGCUGUGAAGGAGGCCGGGAUGGAGAAGGUGCUGAAAGCCCUGGACAGCACCUGGUCCACCAUGACGUUUGAGCAUGAGCCGCACCCGCGGACGGGUACCAUGCUGCUCAAGUCAGACGAGGUGCUGGUGGAGACGCUGGAGGACAACCAGGUGCAGCUGCAGAACCUGAUGAUGUCCAAGUACCUAUCCCACUUCCUGAAGGAGGUGACAAGCUGGCAACAGAAGCUGUCCACGGCAGACUUGGUCAUCUCCAUCUGGUUCGAGGUCCAGAGAACCUGGAGCCACCUGGAGAGCAUCUUCAUUGGUUCCGAAGACAUCCGCACCCAGCUGCCCGAGGACUCCAGGCGCUUUGACGACAUUGACAUGGAGUUCAAGGCCUUGAUGGAAGACGCAGUGAAGACGCCCAACGUGGUGGAAGCCACCAACAAACCCGGUCUCUAUAACAAACUUGAGAAUAUGAAGACGAGUCUGGCUGUGUGCGAAAAGGCCUUGGCGGAAUACUUAGAGACGAAAAGACUGGCUUUCCCAAGGUUCUACUUUGUCUCCUCGGCUGACCUCCUGGACAUUCUCUCUAACGGAAAUGACCCUGUGGAGGUGAGCCGCCACCUGUCCAAACUCUUCGACAGUCUGUGCAAACUCAAGUUCAGACUUGAUGCCGAUGAGAAACCACUCAAAGUUGGCCUGGGCAUGUACAGCAAGGAGGACGAGUAUGUGGAUUUUGAUCGUGAGUGUGACCUCUCAGGGCAGGUGGAAGUCUGGCUGAACCGAGUGAUGCACCGUAUGUGCGCCACGCUCAGACACGAAAUUCCAGAAGCGGUGGUGACAUACGAGGAGAAGCCGAGGGAGCAGUGGAUCUUCGACUAUCCCGCCCAGGUGGCGCUCACGUGCACCCAGAUCUGGUGGACCACCAAGGUGGGCAUGGCAUUUGAGCGGCUGGAGGAAGGCUACGAGAACGCUAUCAAAGAUUACAACAAAAAGCAGAUCAGUCAGCUGAAUGCGCUUAUCACGCUGCUCAUCGGGAACCUCAGCGCUGGAGACAGGAUGAAGAUCAUGACCAUCUGCACCAUCGACGUGCACGCGCGAGACGUGGUGGCCAAAAUGAUCGCGGCCAAGGUGGAAAGCUCGCAGGCCUUCACCUGGCAGUCCCAGCUCCGGCAUCGCUGGGAUGAAGAGAAAAAGCACUGCUUCGCUAACAUCUGCGACGCCCAGAUCCAGUACUCGUAUGAGUACCUGGGCAACACGCCACGGCUGGUCAUCACCCCGCUCACCGACAGGUGCUACAUAACCUUGACCCAGUCCCUCCACCUGAUCAUGGGCGGAGCCCCCGCGGGCCCUGCCGGGACUGGCAAGACGGAGACGACCAAGGACCUGGGCCGGGCUCUGGGCACCAUGGUGUACGUCUUCAACUGCUCUGAGCAGAUGGACUACAAGUCCUGUGGAAACAUCUACAAGGGCCUGGCCCAGACCGGAGCCUGGGGCUGCUUCGACGAGUUUAACCGAAUCUCGGUGGAGGUCUUGUCGGUGAUUGCUGUGCAGGACCCUGGUUCCACGCCCUCAAAAUGGUUCACCAGGUAUGACAGGCAGAAGCUGACGCUGAAGGAAGUCCACAACUGUCAGUAUGUGGCUUGCAUGAACCCCACCUCUGGGUCCUUCACCAUUGACUCCAGACUUCAGCGGCACUUCUGCGUGUUUGCCGUGAGCUUCCCAGGCCAGGAGGCCCUCACGACCAUCUACAGCACGAUCCUGGGCCAGCACCUGGCGUCCCGCUCGGCCCCCAUGGUGGUCCAGAGGAUGUGCAGCCAGCUGGUGGCCUCUGCCCUGGCCCUGCAUCAGAAAGUCACAGCAACAUUUCUUCCCACGGCCAUCAAGUUUCAUUACAUCUUCAACCUCAGGGACCUCUCCAAUAUCUUCCAGAAGACCUGCUGUGCCUGGAAUUCNCAUUAUGAUUGGGGCCUGCGAGCCAUCAAGUCUGUGCUGGUGGUGGCCGGCUCGCUGAAGAGGGGCGACCCCAGCCGGGCGGAGGACCAAGUGCUCAUGAGGGCCCUGAGGGACUUCAACAUCCCCAAGAUCGUGACCGACGACCUGCCCGUGUUUAUGGGGCUGAUUGGGGACCUCUUCCCCGCCCUGGACGUGCCUCGGAAACGGGACCUGAAUUUUGAAAAGAUCAUCAAGCAGAGCAUCACGGAGCUCAAGCUGCAGGCGGAAGACAGCUUCGUGCUGAAGGUUGUGCAGCUCGAGGAGCUGCUGCAAGUGCGCCACUCGGUGUUCGUCAUCGGGAACGCGGGCAGCGGCAAGUCUCAGGGCCACUGCCUGAGCUGCUGCACCCGCUGCUGGGGGCUCUGGGUCCGGUACUGCUCCCGGGAUCCACCCUGCACUGGUGGCCAACCAGCUCCCUCUCUAGGGGUUCUCGAGAAGCCGCUAGAGAAGAAAUCAGGGAGGAACUUCGGGCCACCAGGCACCAAGAAGCUCAUCUAUUUCAUCGAUGACAUGAACAUGCCCGAGGUGGACAAGUACGGGACGGUGGCCCCGCACACCCUCAUCCGACAGCACAUGGACCACGGGCACUGGAUGUGCAUGGACUUGCCAAUCGGUGGCUCCCUUGGCCGCACGUUGACAUCACACCAGCAGCCGAAUGGCUCACUCCCCGGGGAAGGGCUCUUGUUCUCCACAGCGGAGAUCCUGAAAACCCCGCUGGACCUCGUCCGCCUCUGGCUGCAUGAAGCAGAGAGAGUUUAUGGUGACAAAAUGGUUGAUGAAAAAGACCAGGAAACACUGUACCGAGUCACCGUCGCUUCCACCAAGAAAUUCUUUGACGAUCUUGGCGACGAGCUCUUAUUUGCCAAACCGAACGUCUUCUGCCACUUUGCUCAAGGGAUCGGUGAUGCCAAGUACCUCCCGGUCACCAACGUGGCUCAUCUGAACAAGAUCCUAAUGGAUGCCCUAGACAGUUACAAUGAGGUCAACGCGGUCAUGAGCUUGGUGCUGUUUGAGGACGCGGUGGCACACGUCUGCAGGAUCAACCGAAUCCUGGAGUCCCCCCACGGGAACGCCCUGCUAGUGGGUGUGGGUGGCAGCGGCAAGCAGAGCCUUUCGCGCCUGGCCGCCCACAUCAGCUCCCUGGAUGUGUUCCAGAUGGCCCUCAGGAAGGGCUACGGGGUCCCAGACCUCAAGGUUGACCUGGGCGCUCAGUACAUAAAGGCGGCCGUGAAGAACGUCCCCUCCGUGUUCCUGAUGACAGACUCCCAGGUGGCUGAGGAGCAGUUUCUAGUGCUGAUCAAUGACCUGCUGGCCUCCGGGGAGAUCCCGGGGCUGUUUGGGGACGACGACGUGGAGACCAUCAUCUCCUCCAUGCGCCCGCAUGUGAAGUCCCUCGGCGUGAACGACACUCGGGAAACGUGCUGGAAAUUCUUCAUUGAGAAAGUGCGCAGGCAGCUUAAGGUGAUUCUGUGUUUCUCCCCUGUGGGCUCCACCCUGCGUGUGCGGGCAAGGAAAUUUCCUGCUGUGGUCAACUGCACGGCCAUCGACUGGUUCCAUGAGUGGCCGGAAGAGGCCUUGGUGUCUGUCAGCGCCCGCUUCCUACAGGAAACCGAGGGAGUUCAGCCGGAAUGCAAGGACUCCAUCAGCCUCUUCAUGGCCUACGUGCACACAACGGUCAAUGAGAUGUCCAAGGUAUACUUGGCCACCGAGAGGCGCUUCAACUACACCACGCCCAAGACCUUCCUGGAGCAGAUCAAACUCUACCAGAAUCUGCUGGCCAAGAAGCGGAUGGAGCUGGUCGCCAAGAUCGAGAGGCUGGAAAACGGGCUGAUGAAACUGCAGAGCACGGCUUCUCAGGUGGAUGACUUAAAAGCCAAGCUAGCAAUUCAGGAGGCUGAGCUCAAGCAGAAGAAUGAGAAUGCGGACAAGCUGAUCCACGUGGUGGGUGUGGAAACGAAGAAGGUCAGCAAGGAGAAGGCCAUUGCAGACGAGGAAGAGGUCAAGGUGGAGGUCAUCAACAAGAAUGUCACCGAGAAACAAAAGGCUUGCGAGACGGACCUGGCCAAGGCAGAGCCUGCCCUGCUGGCCGCACAGGAAGCUCUGGACACUCUGAAUAAGAACAACCUGACGGAGCUGAAGUCCUUCGGGUCCCCCCCAGACGCCGUGGUCAAUGUCACGGCCGCCGUGAUGAUUCUGACCGCGCCCGGGGGCAAGAUCCCCAAGGACAAGAGCUGGAAGGCUGCGAAAAUCAUGAUGGGCAAAGUGGACACCUUCCUGGACUCCUUGAAAAAGUUUGACAAGGAACACAUCCCCGAGGCCUGCCUGAAAGCGUUCAAGCCCUAUCAAGGCAACCCGACGUUUGACCCCGAGUUCAUCCGCUCCAAGUCCAUGGCCGCCGCGGGCCUGUGCUCCUGGUGCAUCAACAUUGUCCGCUUCUACGAGGUCUACUGCGACGUGGCCCCCAAGAGGCAGGCCCUGGAGGAGGCUAAUGCAGAGCUGGCAGAGGCUCAGGAGAAGCUCUCCCGGAUCAAGAACAAGGUUGCCGAACUCAAUGCCAACCUGAGCAACCUAACGUUAGCGUUCGAAAAAGCGACAGCUGAGAAAAUCAAGUGCCAACAGGAAGCCGAUGCCACCAACCACGUGAUCUCGCUGGCCAACAGGCUCGUGGGCGGACUGGCCUCGGAAAACGUCCGCUGGGCUGAAUCGGUGGAGAGCUACAAGAGCCAGGGGGUCACCUUGUGCGGGGACGUCCUGCUGAUUUCCGCUUUCGUCUCCUAUGUGGGCUAUUUCACCAAGAAAUACCGAAAUGAGCUGCUGGAGAAGUUUUGGAUCCCUUAUAUAAGAAACUUAAAGGUCCCCAUCCCGAUUACGGAAGGCCUGGAUCCCUUGAGCCUGCUGACCGACGAUGCUGACGUGGCCACUUGGAACAACCAGGGACUCCCCAGUGACCGCAUGUCCACUGAGAACGCCACCAUCCUGUGCCACACGGAACGCUGGCCCCUCAUCGUGGACGCCCAGCUGCAAGGAAUCAAGUGGAUCAAAAACAAAUACGGGAACAAUCUGAAGGCCAUCCGCCUGGGACAGAAGAGCUACCUGGACAGCAUCGAGCAGGCCAUUUCAGAAGGGGACGUCUUGCUUAUUGAGAACAUCGGCGAAACCGUGGACCCCGUGCUGGACCCUCUCUUGGGCAGGAACACGAUUAAAAAGGGAAAGUACAUUAAGAUCGGGGACAAGGAGGUCGAGUACCACCCCAAGUUCCGCCUCAUCCUGCACACCAAGUACUUCAACCCCCACUACAAGCCCGAGAUGCAGGCCCAGUGCACCCUCAUCAACUUCCUGGUCACCAGGGACGGCCUCGAGGACCAGCUCCUGGCCGCUGUGGUGGCCAAAGAGCGCCCAGAUCUAGAGCAGCUGAAGGCGAACCUCACCAAGUCUCAGAACGAAUUUAAAAUCGUCCUGAAAGAGCUGGAGGACUCUCUGCUGGCCCGGCUGUCGGCCGCGUCUGGGAACUUCCUGGGAGACACCACCCUAAUAGAGAACCUGGAGACCACCAAACACACAGCCAGUGAGAUUGAGGAGAAGGUGCAAGAGGCAAAAAUCACAGAGGUUAAAAUCAACGAGGCGAGAGAAAACUACCGGCCAGCUGCGGAGAGGGCGUCCCUGCUGUAUUUCAUCCUGAACGACCUCAAUAAGAUCAACCCCAUCUACCAGUUCUCCCUCAAGGCCUUCAACGUGGUCUUUGGGAAAGCCAUCCAGAAGACGGCCCCCGCCGACGAGGUCAAACGGCGAGUGAUGAACCUGACGGACGAAAUCACCUAUUCCGUCUACAUAUACACGGCCCGCGGGCUCUUCGAGCGGGACAAGCUCAUUUUCCUGGCACAGGUGGCCUUUCAGGUCUUGUCCAUGAAGAAGGAGCUGAACCCCGUGGAGCUGGACUUCCUCUUGCGGUUCCCUUUCAAGGCCGGGGUCACGUCACCCGUGGACUUCCUGCUGCCUCAGGGAUGGGGUGGCAUCAAGGCCCUCUCGGAGAUGGAUGAAUUCAAAAACCUGGAUAGAGACAUUGAAGGAUCCGCCAAGCGGUGGAAAAAGCUUGUGGAGUCGGAAGCCCCGGAGAAGGAAAUCUUCCCGAAGGAGUGGAAGAACAAGACGGCCCUGCAGAAGCUGUGCAUGGUGCGGUGCUUGCGGCCCGACCGCAUGACCUACGCCGUCAGGAACUUCGUGGAGGAGAAAAUGGGCAGCAAGUUUGUGGAGGGCCGGAGCGUGGAGUUCUCCAAGUCCUACGAGGAGAGCAGCCCGUCCACGCCGAUCUUCUUCAUCCUUUCCCCGGGGGUCGACCCCCUGAAAGACGUGGAAGCCCUGGGGAAAAAACUGAAAUUUACCAUUGACAAUGGGAAACUCCAUAACGUGUCCCUGGGGCAGGGACAAGAGGUGGUGGCCGAGAAUGCUCUGGACGUGGCUGCAGAGAAGGGACACUGGGUCAUUCUGCAGAACAUCCACCUGGUUUCCCGGUGGCUGAGCACCCUGGACAAGAAGGUGGAACGGUACAGCCUUGGCAGCCAUGAGGACUACCGCGUGUUCAUGAGCGCCGAGCCCGCCCCCAGCCCCGAGUCCCACAUCAUCCCCCAGGGCAUCCUGGAAAAUGCCAUCAAAAUCACCAACGAGCCGCCCACGGGCAUGUAUGCCAACCUGCACAAGGCCUUGGACCUCUUCACCCAGGACACCCUGGAGAUGUGCACCAAAGAGCUGGAGUUCAAGUGCAUUCUCUUCGCCCUGUGCUACUUCCAUGCCGUGGUGGCCGAGCGGCGCAAGUUUGGGGCACAGGGCUGGAACAGGUCAUACCCCUUCAACAACGGGGACCUCACCAUCUCCAUCAACGUGCUCUACAACUACCUGGAGGCCAACACCAAGGUGCCUUGGGAUGACCUCCGCUACCUUUUUGGUGAAAUCAUGUAUGGCGGCCACAUCACGGAUGACUGGGACCGCCGGCUGUGCAGAACGUACCUGGUGGAAUACGUCCGGGCAGAGAUGCUGGAGGGGGAGAUCCAGCUAGCCCCAGGGUUUCAGAUCCCCCCCAACCUGGAUUACAAGGGCUAUCAUGAAUACAUCAACGAGAACCUGCCCCCCGAGAGUCCCUACCUGUACGGCCUGCACCCCAAUGCAGAGAUCGGCUUUUUAACGGUCACCUCGGAGAAGCUGUUCCGCACUGUCCUGGAAAUGCAGCCCAAAGAGACGGACUCAGGCGCAGGCACCGGCAUGUCCCGCGAGGAGAAGGUGAAGGCUGUGCUGGAUGAGAUCCUCGAGAAAAUCCCAGAGACAUUCAACAUGGCCGAGAUCAUGGAGAAGGCGGCCGAGAAGACCCCCUACGUGGUGGUUGCCUUUCAAGAAUGUGAACGAAUGAACAUCCUAACCAAUGAAAUGCGCCGUUCGCUAAAGGAGCUGAACUUGGGUCUGAAGGGGGAGCUGACCAUCACGACCGACAUGGAGGACCUAUGCACAGCUCUGUUCUACGACACCGUGCCCGACACGUGGGUGGCCCGGGCCUACCCCUCCAUGAUGGGCCUGGCGGCCUGGUACGCCGACCUGCUGCUCCGCAUCAGGGAGCUCGAGGCCUGGACGACCGACUUUGCCCUGCCCACCGCCGUGUGGCUGGCCGGUUUCUUCAACCCCCAGUCCUUCCUCACAGCCAUCAUGCAGUCCACGGCCAGGAAGAACGAGUGGCCGCUGGACAAGAUGUGUCUGUCUGUUGAAGUGACCAAGAAGAACAAGGAAGACAUGACGGCUCCCCCACGAGAGGGCUCCUACGUCUACGGGCUCUUCAUGGAAGGAGCUCGCUGGGACACCCAGACUGGGGUCAUCAGCGAAGCGCGGCUGAAGGAGUUGACGCCGGCCAUGCCCGUCACCUUCAUCAAGGCCAUCCCUGUGGACCGCAUGGAGACCAAGAACAUAUAUGAGUGUCCCGUGUACAAAACACGCCUCCGCGGCCCCACCUAUGUCUGGACCUUUAACCUGAAAACCAAAGAGAAGGCGGCUAAGUGGGUCCUGGCAGGCGUGGCGCUACUCCUGCAGAUCUAGCGGGCUCCCUGGGCCUGCCCGAGGCCACGCUCCCCAGAUCCAGACCACAACCUCCAGUUCACAGCUACAGAACUCCACCUCGCAAGGGGUGCUGCCUUUUUACAGGAAGGGAAGGUUGCCUUUUGUUCUCCUACAUAAUCGAGGCACAUUGUAACCGUGCCCAUGUGGACUGGCCAGAGGGUGAGGGCAGCGUGGGAGAGGGGUUCGGGUUGGAUUAAAACAAUGAAGUCAGCGAGUUGUGCCCAUCUGAUUCAUUCAGCUCGGCACCUGACGGCCACCGGGGACCUGGCACAGGCUUGGGGACAAGACCUCGAGUUGUAGCAGCCGGGGCGUGUCCCAGGAACCAAACCCCCAAAUCCUGACUUCCCAGAGGAGCCGCGAGAAGCAUGCAGGGUGAGGGUGUGGCAGUCACACCCUUGGCCUGACGCUAUAUGCCAACAACCCACCAAGGAGGGGACAGGGCAUUUCGUCAUAAACAGGAGCGGCCACCUCUACACAGUCCCCUAAAGCAUUCCCUUUCUCCGUCACGGUAACGCCUCCUCCACAAGCCACUCCACAGGUGCCGUUUCCAUGUAGCUGAAGCGCUUCCCCACCAAAUGCCCACUUCCUGAAGGUGCUGGGAACAGGACAUAACGAACAGGGGAUGCGGGACCAGCUUAGACGUGUGGGUGUCCUGCGAGGGCACAGGCUUCCACAGAGAGCCGCCCAAGCCCACGAGCCCCUUUUACUACCAGGCAGCACCUUCCGCCUGCCGUCACCUCCCGCCCCUCCGCACUAACAGCAGGGCGAGCGGGUCACGGGGCUGGUCAGACGGUGCCCAGGAGCAGUCCAGGGGCUGCUGGUGCCAAGAAACCGACUUCCAAACCAAGGAGGCCUCUCUGCAGCGACCUGCAACCCAGGGACAAGCACUGCAGUGGCACGAGGGAGGCCAGGUGCUUUGUCCCCUGGACUAGGCCCUUGGCCGGUCCGUUUCAGGCUUCUGAACACAUGCAGGGACAGGGCUAAAGAAAACAAUGGCGGCCUGUAAGAACACACAGCCCACUGCAGCAGGCAGCCGGCAGCACCCGCUCGCCAUCCCUCCUCGGGGCUCACUCCGUGGGCUCCUGCCCCGAGGGCCGCCCUGGCACGGACCUGGCUGGGACCUGGGGCCCAGUGUGACUGGUAGGAGGGUGUUUCUCUCAACAGAAUCAUCUCAGCAGUGAGACAAGCGAGCCCCAGGCCUGUCUGACUCUUGGUGGCAGUACGUUCCAGCAAAGAGACUGGACCGCCGGGGCUGGCUUGGGUAGGGGGCUGCAGACAAGAAGCUGGGAAUCUGGGGGCCCAGGGGAGUCUGCGAGCUGGGCCCACGAACUCCAGAGGGGACCCAUAGGCUGGUCCCCUUCAUGUUUUUAGGCUUAAAAGCAGAGUAAAGGGAGCCCCCUAGGAAUGCUGGGCUGCGUUCUAAGUGCCACUUGAUGCUACAGGUUUGUGAGCACUUUUCUCCAAGUAUUCUCACCCACACCAAAGGCGAAGACGAGGGCCCUGGAAGCCCUAAUCCUGAGGCUGAUAAGUCACAACGAUGCUGGGACCCAGAGGGGCUGAGGAACCUGGCUGCCGGGCAACCACCCCUGCUGGCCAGGAGGGGUCACUGUAGCCCUUCAUGUCCAGGCCGGAGGGACAGAAGAGCUGCUCGCUCCUCGGGCGGACGGGAGACAAAACAGCAGCCACCAGGCAAGUCGUUUUCAAUCCCCAGUAACAGCCACAAAACGGGAAGGUUUUCCAGCUCUGCCUUAAGGGCCUGAAGCAGCCAUUAUUGCACCUACGCGUUGUGGGCGGCUGACAGAAUUCUCUCCAAACUUUCCGAGAUGAUUCACCUCUGGGUUGCAAUCCAGGGAUGAGGAAAACAGGGCCGGCACCCAAAGCCGCUUCGCACCUGCAUGCUGGGAGGCCUGGGCGCCUGCUCUGCACCGAGGCUCUGCCACCUGGCUGACCGCCUGGCUGACCAGAAGGGCUGCUCAGGACGGUCCUGUAGGUAAUUAGCAGGGACAAAGGGAGCUGCCAAGCGGAGCGCAGGCUGGGGAUUGCUCAAGCCCGGCUGCGGCAGUGUUUGCGCUGGUCCCACAAAACCUGCAGGAAUGCCAGCACUGUUUACCGAAAGCCUCUCUCCAAACAGAAACCCGGUGCCCUGGCACAUUCUUUUGGCUUCUCUGGUCUAAUUGUCCCACAGGACAAUUUAACAACUAGUUUGAAGGCAAACAGUGUUAACUGCUGUGCUGCAGCCCCAGGGCAGGGAGGCCU